AUGGAGUUGUGUUUCGGGAAUUUACAGACAGUCUUAUCACUAAAAGGCCCGGCGUUUGGCCGCCGAUCGGCCGACGAAGCCUUGAAUUUGUCGGAGUUUUUCAUUUCGUGUCAAAUAUUCUUAGAGCUGUUGGAAUGCAUACAAUAUUUGCAUGAUUUGAGUCCAGCAGUCAUUCAUCGGGACCUCAAACCCGAGAAUGUGUUGAUCGGCAACAAUGACGGCAAAUGGAAACUAAAACUCUGUGAUUACGGAUUGACCCAAGUUUUUGAAAACCUGUCGAUUAAACGAGAUGCGAAGUAUUUAUCGCCCGAAGAAACUAAUGGACAAAAUAUUGAUUACAAGACAGAUGUUUACAGUGCGGCCAAAAUUGGAGAAAAUAUAUUUGAUAUUCAAAUGAUAAGUGAAUUGUGA